GUCGUAUUAGCGACCCGUCAUCACUACCGCCUUGUAGGAUGAGAAUCAGUACUGAAUCAUCCAGCAACUAAGGGGUAGAGUAAUUGUGUGUAUACAUAAACCCUAAACGCUCGAGAGGGCAGGGCGUGGAGAAAACCAGACAAUAAAACAAUGAAAGCCUCCGAAACUUCCAAGAAACCAAGCAACAGCAAUCCCCAAGGUAGGGAAAACCUCACAAAACCUCAUUUCCGACCAGCCCAGGACGAUACCAAGCCUGUCCUCCAAGACCCAAUACUGAGGUCGGAUCCGAUUGAGACAGAGGAAGCUGUACUCCGAUUGCCUCCCUUCCCUACUCCAACAACAACAAAUCCUCCUCCCUGAAAUGGGUUUCCAUUGCAGCAGAAAUGACUUUCCUUCUGUACUUUCAUAGUUGUGCUUAUGCUUUUCUGUGUUUUUAAUUUGGAUUUUGGAGAUUUCUGCAGAUUGAAUAAGACGUGAAAUAAAGAAGGUUUUCUGCUCA